AUUGGGAAUACUCACUCAACUUUGUGUUCAAUUAAUUGUAGUCUAUUAUUGCACGCUAACGCUAACGCCCUUUCUUCUUCUUCUUCUUAUCUUGUUAUUUCAGACUUUUGGGUCAUCGUUGAGCUUGUUGUUUGUAGCAGUGAGGUGUUUAAUCUGAAAAAAUAAAAUAAAAAAAUUCACCAAUUCAUGGCGGAACUGAUAGGGCCUCGCUUGUACAGCUGCUGUAAUUGUAGAAACCAUGUUUCACGCCAUGAUGAUAUAAUUUCUAAGGCUUUUCAGGGGAGAAACAGCCGAGCUUUUCUGUUUUCCCAUGCAAUGAAUAUUGUCACAGGGCCAAAAGAAGACAGGCGUCUCAUGACUGGCCUCCACACAGUUGCUGAUGUUUAUUGUGGUGAUUGCCGUGAAGUGUUGGGUUGGAAGUAUGAAAGAGCUUAUGAAGCAUCCCAGAAGUACAAGGAAGGAAAAUUCAUACUUGAAAAGUCAAAAAUUGUUAAGGAGAACUGGUAGCAUUCUCUUAUGCUCCCAAAUCCAUUCAUUCCAGUCUUGAUGUGGGUUCAUUCAUGCUUUGUGAUCUUCAUCUUGUACAGGAAGUUCUUACUUUUACCCAUUUGAAAUUUGUCAUUGUUUCUCCAACUUCAUUAUAUUCCCUUGUGUUGUGACUAGAAAUGAAAUUGUAAGAUAAGCUGUUUGUUCCUUGUUAAUAAAAUUGUGUAUUCAUUUUCUGGUCUAUGAAUAUCAAGGUUGGA